UAUAAAAAGGAGAGAGAGACGAGAUAUCCACAUUUUUGAAUUAUGAUGGCACACGACAUGGAGCGAGUACUGAUGUCCCCUGCGUUCGAAGUGUUCAACAAUCUUCGGCUGGCAGGACAGCUUUGUGACGUGGUCCUCAUCACCGACGGUGUUCAAUUCAACGCCCAUAGAGUAAUUCUGUGUGGCUGUAGCUCCUACUUCCAGGCUCUGUUCGCCAGUGACUGGAAUGAUUCAGGAAAGCGGGAGUACCAACUCCCAGGCAUUUCCCCAGAAACACUGAGGCAGGUCAUAGAGUAUGCCUACACGUACUCUGUGGUCAUCACAGCUGACAAUGUGGAGAACCUCCUGGCAGCUGCUGAUUAUCUCAUAUAA